AUGGACUUAAUUGAUGCAGAAGAGAAGCCACAAAGCUAUUUUUUCUUUCAGCUUUUUACAAUAGUCACUACCUUUUCUUCAGUCCCAAUUGUUCUUUUUGUAUUUCUCCAAGAAUCCAGAGAAAAUUCUAAAUCGUAUCCUAUGUUUUACGCAGAUUUUUUUAGUGUUUUUUAUUGUACCUUAUUCUUUCUCUGGACUUGGGCCUAUAUAUCAACCUGCGCAUCUAAGUCGCCUAAAGUGAAAAGCGCCUUGGUAGCAUCUAUUUAGAUUGGUUUCUCAGGUGGACACUGCGAAAAAUGCAAAAUUACUAAACCAGAUCGUGCCCAUCACUGCUCAGCAUGUGCUGCCUGUGUCUCUAAGAUGGAUCACCAUUGUGUCUGAACUAAUAGGUGCAUAGACUAUUAUAACUACAAAACUUUUUUGCUAUUUGUGGGAUAUCUUUCGGUAGGGACUUAUACCUAUGAUUAUUUAUCAUUUGGAUAUAUAACGUCAUAUGAAAAGCCAGACCUGUGAAUCGUAUGGAAAAUAUUAGUAUAUUUGGAAACAGCAAUUGUAUUUUUAACAACAGUUUUGGCAACAGCAUUAUUUUCAGCACACAUCAUGAUGUCGCUUACAAACUUGACGACAAUUGAAUAUAUAAAGGGAAAGCCUUUUAUCUAUCCUUUUUGCAAUGAUGAUAUAACAGCAUCAGCGAAUCAUCACAAUUUAGGACCUGUAGUUAACUGAAUUGAAAUUUUUGGUAGCAACCCUUUGCUGUGGCCGCUUCCAACUCUAUACAGAGGAAAAGAAGACGGACAGUUAUUCCCUGUAAUUCCUUUAGCAAAAGAAGAAGACUAUUAUAAAUUCGAAAAUUAA